GCAGGGGGAAAUGGCCACAGAGUUGCUUCCAGCCCAGGCUCAGGAGUCCGUGACGUUUGGGGACGUGGCCGUGAUCUUCAGCCAGGAUGAGUGGCUGUGCCUGGACCCUGCGCAGAGAACCUUGUACCGGGAGGUGAUGCUGGAGAACUACCACAGCCUGGUGUCCCUGGGGAUUCUGUUUUUUAAACCGAAGGUUAUCUUCCAGUUACAGCAAGGGGAAGACCCCUGGAUGGUGGGAAACGGACUUUCCCAUGGUGCAUGUCUAGGAUGGGAGAGCUUGUUUGAAACCACAGUUUCCAAAGAAGAAUACCAGGAAGUAAUGAAUAAACUCAUAGGAGAUGGUACUUUUGACUUCAAGCUGGAGAAAACCUACAUAAGUGAGGACAAGCUGGAGAAGCUGCAGGGCCAAAAUAACAAACCUUUCAGGAAAGUCUCAAUUACCAUAAAGAAAUCCUACACAAAGGAGAGGAACUUUGUAGGUAUUGAACUUGAGAAAAAUCUUGGUCUAAAAUCAUCACUUAUUAAGAAACCCAGAAGUGUUUCCAGAGGAAGGAAACCCCACUCUCAGCAGUAUUCAAUUCUAUUUAAACAACUGGGAGUCAAUACAGUGCGAAAAUGUUACAAAUGUAACAUAUGUGGGAAAAUCUUCCUCCACAGUUCUUCCCUGAGUAAACAUCAGAGAAUCCACACUGGAGAGAAGCUCUAUAAAUGUAAGGAAUGUAGGAAAGCUUUCAGCCAAAGCUCAUCCCUGACUCAGCACCUGAGAGUUCAUACUGGAGAGAAACCUUACAUAUGCAGUGACUGUGGAAAAGCGUUCAGUUUCACUACAUCUCUCAUUGGACAUCAGAGAAUGCAUACUGGAGAGAGACCCUAUAAAUGUAAUGAAUGUGGAAAAACAUUUAAAGGUAGUUCAUCCCUUAAUAAUCACCAACGAAUUCAUACUGGAGAAAAGCCCUAUAAGUGUAAUGAAUGCGGGAGAGCCUUUAGUCAGUGCUCAUCUCUUAUUCAACAUCAUAGAAUUCAUACUGGAGAAAAACCAUAUGAAUGUAGUCAGUGUGGGAAAGCCUUUACCUCAAUAUCACGGCUAAGUAGACACCAUAGGAUCCAUACUGGAGAGAAACCCUUUCAUUGUAAUGAGUGUGGGAAAGUAUUCAGUUACCACUCAGCUCUUAUAAUACAUCAGAGAAUUCACACAGGUGAGAAACCAUAUGCAUGUAAAGAAUGUGGGAAAGCCUUCAGCCAAAGCUCGGCUCUUAUACAACAUCAAAGAAUCCAUACUGGGGAGAAACCCUACAAAUGUAAUGAGUGUGGAAAGGCUUUCUCCUGGAUUUCACGGCUUAAUAUACACAAUAGAAUUCAUACUGGAGAGAAACCUUAUAAUUGUAAAGAAUGUGGAAAAGCUUUCAGUUCCCACUCAGCAGUUAAUACUCAUCGAAAAAUUCACACUGGAGAGAAACCUUAUAAAUGUAAUGACUGUGAAAAGGCCUUCAACCAAAGCUCAGCUCUAAUUCAGCACCAGAGAAUUCAUACUGGGGAGAAACCAUUUAACUGUAAAGUGUGUGGGAAAGCCUUCAGACAAAGCUCAUCCCUUAUGACACAUAUGAGAAUUCAUACAGGAGAAAAGCCUUAUAAAUGUAAAGAAUGUGGAAAAGCUUUUAGUCAGAGCUCUUCCCUUACUAAUCAUCAGAGGACUCAUACUGGAGGAAAAUUAUAAGUAAAAUGCCCAUGGAAAAUCUUACAACUGAAGUUCAUUCCAUACUGAAUAUCAAAGAAUCUUGGGGGAAGAUUGAUAAAAAGUACUUAAUUAUGGGUCAGACUUCAGAAUAUGGACCUGAUCAGACAUCA